GGAGCCCAAUGUGGGGCUGCAUCUCACUACUGUGAGAUCACGACCUGAACCGAAACCAAGAGUUGGAUGCCUAACCCAUCAGGCCACUCAGGUGCUCUUACUGAAUCUUUUCAAUAACUCUUGGAAGUAGACGCUGUCCACUGCACCCGUUUUACAGACGAACAAACUGAGGCUCAGUGAGUGGGCUUAAGGAACUCGCAGGGUCACUAAGCUGGGUUUAUAAUCAAGUCUAUAGGUGUCGUGGGAAAUAAUAAUACUAACUUGAGAUUCAACGUGCAAUUAAGACGGGCGCACAGGCACCCUGGUGGUCUCUAGAGAUUUGAAAUCCUAAAGGUGACAGGCAGAUAAACAGAGAUGAAAACAGGGGUGUCUGGGUACCACCUGAGGAUGUGCAAGUGGAUGCUGAGAGGCAAGAAAAGAGGGAGGAUAGACACUAUCUGGCUGUGAGGAGUGGAUUUGAAAGACAAGCCAGGUGGAGAGAGUUGUGUGCAGAGGCCCCAAAAGCCCCUGCCCCAUUCCCAGUCCAAGGACCCCCAGCUUCCUCUGCCUGCUCCCCACCCCCAUGCCUUCUGGAGCCUCAUUAGCCACCUCAUUAGCCUCCAGUCUGCCUUCCUGUACCUUUUCCCCCUGCCUCAUCGACCUCCUGCCCUCUCUGCCCCCAGCGAAUCCCCUCUACCAUGUCUUCCUCCCUGGCUCCCCAUCACUCCCCUGCCCUCCCCCCGCCACCCCCGGCCUUUGCCUUCUAGAACUCUUGGAAGUUUCCAACUGGAAGUUUUAAUUUGAAAACUCCUCCUGUUCUUAAGCAGUUGGUGGGGUGGCUGUGACGGCCCCACCCUUCGAGUCAGGGUCUCUCUCGGGAUGGAGGCCCCAGCUCCAAACCGUCAAUCCCGAAUUUUGGGCCGCUCCUCCAUGUUCCGCUUUUUCCGUAGCCUGGUGGGGAACAAGGGCAGCCCAAAGAGCUCUGACAAGACCCCGAUAGGGAGUCGGACAUGCUCCUUGCGAGAGCAAGCCGCCACCCCAUUGGUGAUGAACCGCCAUGGAGGGGUGGGGAGGAAGGAGCCAAAGCCAUCCACCACACUACCCUACAUGCUGUCUGUGGCCUUGCCACGGCAGGACCCCUUGGGGCUAGGGAUGGGGGACACAGGGGCCCAGACCCCUACCCCCACGGAAGUCCUGAGGGUGGGGGCCCAGGGUGUAGAGGUGAAGCCUGUCCUGCCCAGGAGAAGCCAGGAGGUGCUGGGCAACCUGUCUGGGAAAGAGGAAACGGAAGAAGAGAAGGAGGAGGAGGUAGGGGAGGCCUCCGGGGAUACAGAGACCUCAGACAGGGGCCACUUUGCCCAAGCUUUGGAGUUGGAGCAAGGAUGCCUGCAGAGGGCCAUGGGGCCACUGGAGGUCAGCCCCGAGACCUUCACCAAGGAGGAGGAGGAGAAGGAGUGUCUGCUUGACGGAGACCUCAGGCUGGCCUCUUCGAAGGUGGGGACAACUCCUUGGAACCGCCGCCUCCUCACCUUGUACAAGCAGCUUCAGAAAUCAGCCGUGGCCAAGUUUCCUCUCAAGGAAGGCUUGCCUGAUGAGGAGAAAGGCAAGGAAGAGGAAAUGGAGGAAGAGGACAGCUCAUUCAAGGUCUGUGUCCCAGGCAUUGUCACCCUGCAGUCACCGCUGCAUAAGACUUUUAGGUCAACAGAUACAGUGGGUUUCGUGGAGUCGGAGUUAAAGAAGCUUUUGGUAGUACAACGGGAGUCCCGCCUCUGGAAGAUGGGCAGUCAUGAGGGCCGGGAGCUGCUGACCCAGCCAGAGAUCACCCUGGAGGAGGCAGGCAUUGUGGACGGCCAGGGACACCAAGCCGAGGGGGAAGGAAGCCACCCCCCAGCCUUUUGGGAAUGCUGGGGACCUAGGGGAGGGGCGCUGAGGCAGCUGAAGCACCAUCCUAGGCUGGAGGGAAGGGUGCAGCCCCCCCUUGGUGUGGUGUCCAGGACAGAGCACCUGCUCCUGGAGGAGAUGGACGAGAUGGGAAACUGGCCUCCAGAGUGAAGCUGGUGCUGGCCCUGAGUCUGCCCUGCUCCCAGAUCCCUUCAACCCGAAUAGAGCUUUAGCCUCCCUCUUCUGAGGGCACAUCCAAGGAGCCCCUGGGGCCAAGGGGUCUUGAUAUAAAUGGAAUCCAUGUGUCUGCAGGGUGGGCCUGCUCCAGAAUGUUCCUACCCAUCAGACUCAGGCCUGUGAUAGUAAUAAAACCCACUUUGACUUUUUGG